AUGGGUCCGUCUUUGAGAGAUCACUCGUCCCAUACCCGGCCAUCCACUCGCGACCGACCGUCGACCCGCGAUCAAGGAGAAAAUUCGCUGGUCGUUCCUAGCCGCACCUCCUCGCUUCACUCCCGCAUCACACAACCUAUCCCUUCACAAACCAAUACUAAGCCCUCCCAGAGGACGCCCAAAACCCUCACUCAUGCCUACAUGGUAUGCGGUGUGGGCCGUGAGCCCUCACAAUGGGUCAAGGCUCCCACCCCUUCGCAGGGAAAGAUCGGACAUAUGAAAGGGGCUGUGGGCCAGUUUUGGUUACCGGAAAUCUUGGGGAGCAGCCCCCGCUUGGAACAAGACAAUGAGAUUGCUAAGUCCUUGCAUUCCGCCAUGAGGGCCUGUUUCCCUCACGACGUUGAGAUCUGUACCGGCAAGAGUCAACCCCACUGUGUACAUCACGCCUUCGUCUUACAGCAGGAUUCUUCCCACACUCUCUACGGAAUUGCGCUGCGUGUGUGGUCGCGAGCUGACGACAAGCGUGCCGAAACCAUUCGCGAACUCCGCAAGAAGACGGAACCUGAUUUCUAUGAUAACCCCGAAGAAACCUACUGGAUCCCGUACUGCUUGAGCUUUCUCUCGAGAUAUCCCCUCUAUGAUUUACUGGGCGAUUAUCUCCGGGGUAUGUGGAUUCACUGGAACAAAGCCACCAACCUUUUCCACGCGGAGGAGGUAUCGCGAAUUCUGAGCUUCCCUGCGCCGAGACUGAACGAUCUUGUUAGAAUUGAUAUGAAAGAUUAUGCUCUAUGCUAUCAGUUCCCAUCAUCCCCUACAGGUUUCCAAAACUUCUCCAUGUGGCCUCUAUUCACCUGUUUGUCUAUCCCCAACAUUGUGGGCGUUGUUGAGGCUGCUGUUUCACCUACCCGCCGUAUCAUCUUCGUCAGUCACUACCCCGCAAUGCUCACCAUUGCUGCCGAAACAAUCCGGUACUGUGUUCGGAUAUACGAAUGGAGCGGCUUAUACGUGCCGGUGGUUCAUGCCCGUCAUAUCAAGGAUCUGGUCCAAGAACCUGGCCCUUACAUACUUGGCGUCACAGCUGAGUGCCGAACCUUGUUCAAUGCCCCCUCCGAUGCUUUAGUUGUUGAUUUGGACCGCAACUUUGUUCUCACGUCAAGCCCGCCAAAUGUUCUCAACCCAGGGCAACGGACAAAAUUCAUCAACCGGUUGACGCAGUCAUUGAACGGGGAUGUCUCGCCCUCUGGGGUUCCGAACCAUCUCCGAUCUGCAUAUGCUGGUGGCAAGCUGAUCCCAGCGGGCCAGAUCAUUGUGAUGAGAGGCGAGGUCGAAAGUAUCCAAGAACCGCAGUGGUGGAACCAGGAUGCGGUGAUGAGCGUCAUGGACCAUGUGUGCGAGAAAUUGGGACGCAACACCGGCAUGAAGGCAAUCUUUGGAGGCUCUGUGAAGAAGCCCCUGAUGACCAAGGUUUCUAUGCGCCACCUCAAUGAAAUCGUGCGGGAGCGGAACCAAUAUUCGCGGGAUGCUAUGGAGGCUUGGCAAGACUUCAUCAACCUGAAGGGCCGUAUGGACACUGAGUUGAGCAAGGUCACCAAGCGUAACAACUUUCUGGUUGAAGAGCUGGAGACAUGGAAGCAACAAUUUCUCAAAUUCCAAGCUUUUGCUGAGCAGCUCACUAAGGAGACCUCGGAGCUUAAGGGCAAGAUUGAGAACCACAAGCGUGAGAACCGCCGUCUUACUGGUCUCAUUGACCAGCAAAAGGACGACGUAGCCCGCCUCACUCUCCGCCUAUCUGGAACGGAGAAGCAGCGGGAUGACGCCCUGGAGGCGCUGGUUCUCCAGCAGGAGAUUGCGGAAGAGCUGGAGCGCGAGAGGAAGCGCAACCAGAAGGAACUCACAUCACUGCAGCAUGACAAUGCUAAUCUCAGUCGGCAGCGUGAUGAGGCCCAGCGGGUGGUUCUCCACCUUCGCAGCCUUAUCAAUGGUCAAACCCACCACAUGGAACACAUUGUUCGCUCUAUUGGUAGCUCUGCUGAGCUUUCCGAGUUGAUCAAACAGGAAGCUGCCGAGGAGAAGGCUGCUGAGGAGAAGGCUACCCAGACUGUCAACUCGGGCGAGCAAAUUGCAGAACUUAAGGAAGCUAACAGUUCUCGAUCUGAAGUUAGUGACUCUGCGAAAGGAGUUUUGAGGGAUAUGAGCCCAGAACUGGAGCAGCAUCUAUUGAACCUUGGUAAAGGGAAUAACCGUCUCGCUCGUCUAAGCAUUACUGAUGUGGCAGAUCGCUACCUACGGGACAAGACCGAUGCGAUCUCGGACAUCAUCCGCAGCAUCAGCGAUCAGUGUGCCGCUGCUGUGGAGGGUCUCCACCUGGCCCAAGAUGCGGAGGAUGAUAUUGAGGAGCCCAGUAAGAUCGCUCGGGAUGGAAGCCGCCUAGCCCCUGGUGAUGAGCAACGCGAGGGCAGCGAGAUGGGGGAUGGAGACAACUCCCUGCAUCCCGAUAACAGGCACUCCAGUGUUCCUCCUACACCGGACCUAGUUCAUAACCGGUCAAGCACGUCGAUGUCAAUGGUCAGCAGCUCGACCUUCCCGGAAAGGUCGAGUCAGCAGUAUGGGCCCGGCGAGAUCCCGACUCGGAUAGUCGAAGACGACGAUGAGCAUGCUCAUGACUCAGAAGGCCUUGAUGACCAGACUGAGACGGGCACUAUUUCCAAGCAGGCGAGUGAGGACCUCAUGCGGUCGAGCACUUCCCGACUAGUUGCAUGA